GUAUUUCUGCAGACGAGUUCAGUUAAAAAGCAACAGGCAUUUCCGCUACAUGUAACGUGGCCUAUGUAAUAACGAUAACAUGCAGUCACACGGAUAGCUUGAGUGUUUAGUUUUUGUAAGAAAUGGAAAACGGAGAAGAGGCGACUGACUCUACUGGUUAUUCGUCUAACGAAGAUUUGGAAGUAAAAAAACUUAAAGAUUUGGUUAGAAAGUUGGAAAAACAGAAUGAACAUCUUCGUCACAGAACUGGAAAACUCACAAAUUCUUCGAAACGCAAAAGCAUUGCAGAAGUAGAAGAUGCAAGCGGGGAUAAUGCUCUUCCUGAUAAAGAGGAAGACAUAUCUAGUUUAAACGAUGGAAUUGCUCUUCUUGAUGAAGAUGAUUUACUUGUUAACACAAAUUACGGAGAUGACACUUCAUGGCUGUACCAAUCCCCAGCAGUGAAGUCAAAAGCAAAAAGAUCUGACUCGCACAGUAAUAAAACAUGGAGGUCACCUCAAGAAUGGCUUACAGAUGAAUUAGAACACCCCACCACUCCACAACUAGUAUCUGCCAAGCAAAAUAUUCUCCGAAAACUGGAUGGUGUUUAUGAUUAUAACAUACCUAGCCGUUUAUCUGACAUCAGCUAUCUGCAAAGAUCUGUUGAAAAAGAUCUAAAUUUAACUGAUACUUACAAGUUAGAAGAUGCAACUGAUGUACAAGUAGUUGCCAGAAUGCAGCAAGAAGAACUGAGAAAAGACACUGUGACAAGCACAAGAAAUUCAAAUGAUAGACAAGAAAACACCUCAUACACACAUCAGACAAGUCCACGUACUCACCAUACAACAGGACUUGAUGUCCCUACUAACCAGGAACGCAAAGGUUCAUUGGAGGAAGAGUUAGAUCAUCAUUCAUCCUCAUCAGGUUCCCCCCAUCAUGGCCACCAUCUACCAGUACCAAGUCAAACCAUGACAACAGCUUAUGGUUUGUACCCGUCUACUAUGUGUAAGGAAGAUGAAAGCCCUGUCAGAAGACCAAGUACACCAACAAGAUUAGAACGACAUUCUCCCUCACCAAGAUCAAUAAGCCCUGCCCCUGCACGUAAACCAAACACAGGUGUAAAAGGAUUACGGCGUAGUUUACCCCACCCAUCUAGAACACACACACCUUCAAAAUCAAACUCAAAUCUCGCUUCGAACUCGUAUACGCAAGAAUAUUCUACUCCACCUUCUCAUUCAGCACCAAACAUUAAAUCGUCCCUCAUAGCACCAACAUCAAGACUCACUAAACUAACCACGAGAACUGGUAUCCCACAAUCACCUUCUGCUAGUUCUCCAAUGGGUAAUGGUGCCCGCGCUUCUCCUGCCAGACGUACUCUGCCUCGUCCCAGUCAGACGUCAACUAGCAUGCGGUACCCCAGUACAACCAAUACCCGUCCGACGCCAGCCGCUGCCCCGGAGCCGCAACCGUCCGCGGACAUUUGGGGCGACGAUGACGAAGUGUAUUGAAGCACCAAGCCGCAUAACGCCCACUGUGAUUACCCCGCGGUGCAAAAGCAUGGUGUGAACGCAUCAAAAAGCGGUUUUGGUCGGCUGGAACCGGUUUUCGUCGGUGGUCACACAAGAAAUCGUUGCACAACGAUAUAUAGUAAGCUGGGGGCGGAUGGGACACCUUUCUGAUUAAUUUUCUUGUUUCAUUUGGUAUCAAAGAAAUAGAAUAAUAAAACCGUAUUCCCACGACUCCCAUACCGUUGUUUUUUGUUUAACACACGAUCUGGAUAUUGUUUUUUAUGUAAUAAAUGUGUCCCAUCUUACCCCAACGUACGGUAUGUCCUAAACCUCGUCCAUUUAGACCCAAACGACUCGAUUCAAUAAUACACGCUUUAGUAUUACGACCCCAAAAGUAAUCGCUUUAGCUGUACCAAAAACGUUAUUUUAUCGUAAAUCGCAUCCAGGAUAACUGGUUUUAUUGAUUUUAAACUGGCCAUGCAUGCACUACGGCCACGUAUGCAUUUACGUGUUCAUUACUUUGCUUAUUUUUCGUACUUUUGCCUUUAAAGUAAGGUCAACUGAGAUUUAGUUCACGUAUUAUCAUACCAUUAAUAUUAUACAUCAGAUGUUUUAGCAGUUUUGGCACAAAAGAUAUUGUAUAGUUUCGCCUGAACCGCAUUCUGGUAAAACAACAGAAAAACCCUAUAUGAGUGAGGACCUACUGUGAGGCAUGCCAUGGGACCUGGGGUUUAGUCUGAAUUGUCACAUUACCCCGUAAAUAUGACGGGGUUAAGCGGAACAUAUACCGUAAGUGCACUGUGUUCUUUUUGGGUGUGUGCGAAAUAUUUGCCCCGAAAUUGGCAAUCAUAUUUAUAGUACUGUGGAGUUUAAGCCCUCUAAAACCCAUAUUUCCAAACUCUGUUUUAAACAAAGAACGGUAUUUCAGAGUCGCAGGCUCUGGUUAUACGACUGUAAAUGUUCUUUAUUUACAUCAAAAACUGAAAACAUAUCCAUCUUACCCCACUCUACUUUAAAAGCAACUGAUAUUCUGACCUUUAGCGUUUUGCUGUUGUGACUCGAUGCUUCGAAGGUACUUCGCAAAAUAUAUAGUAUUAUUUUAUCA